AGGGUUUGUUUCCUGCCUGGUGAACUGUGGUUCCGCUGCAACGCAAGGGGGCCAGAAAGGGAGCCAUGGCGUGGGUGCGCGGUGUAGUAUCCGCAGCCUGGCUGGCCGAGGCCAUCCGCACGGCCAAGGCGGGCACGCUGCGGGUGCUGGACUGUUCCUGGUACCUGCCGAGGGUGCCGCGCAACAGCAGGAAGGAGUUCGAGGAGCAGCACAUCCCGGGGGCCGCCUUCUUCGACCUCGACGAGUGCAGCGAUACCUCGUCGCCCUACGCGCACAUGAUGCCGCCGGCCGAGCAGUUCGGCCGGUACGUGGGUGCCCUGGGCAUCGCCAACCGCACCCACGUCGUGGUCUAUGACGCCAGCGACUGGGGGAUCUUCAGCUCGUCGCGGGUCUGGUGGAUGUUCCGGGUGUUCGGGCACAGCCGAGUGUCGGUGCUGGACGGGGGGCUGAAGCACUGGCGCCGCCAGGGUCUGCCGGUCACCGCCGAGAUACAGCAGCUGCCUCCCGCCUGCUUCCAGCCGCAGCCCCGAGCCUGGGUCAAGAGCUUCGAGCAGGUCCUGGACAACAUUGACAGCAGGGAGUUCCGGCUGGUGGACGCCAGACCCUCGGGCAGGUUCCAGGGCACCCAACCCGAACCCAGACCAGGUUUCGAACCUGGUCACAUCCCCGGCAGCAUCAAUAUCCCCUUCACUGACUUCUUGGACCCAGACACCCUAAGGAUCAAGAGUGAGAAAGAGCUGCGGAGCCUCUUUGAAGAACAUGGCGUUGACCUGUCCAAACCACUGGUGGGGACCUGUGGCACAGGGGUCAGUGCCUGCCACAUCGCCCUUGCUGCCCACCUCUGCGGGAAAGAGGACGUGAUGAUCUACGAUGGCGCCUGGGUGGAGUGGUUCACAAGAGCGGACCCGAGCUGCAUCAUCUCGGUGAAAAAUGAGAAAACUGAAUAGGCACCACUGAGGUCAACAGUUUGGAUUGUGUUGCUGCCCCUCUUGAGAUCUUUGAAAAAUUAGUGAGUCUCUUUUCAAUUUUUUUAACUAAUGCUAGGGCACCCUAUCUUCUGUUAGUUGGGAGGGAAUCUUUAAAACAAAGCUUGUAGGUUUGCAUUAAUGGGUCGAGCUGUGCCCCAUUAAUGGGGUAUCCCAAGUACUUGGCUGGUGUUCUUCAUGGUAGUGUGUAUGGCAACAGUAACAUCUUCCUCUUCACACUUGUGGAUUUAUCGAGUUGGUGAAUAAACUAAUAGGGGAAUGUGGGGGUGGGAAGGGUGGUUGGGUAGAGAAACGCUGAGGCGACGCCGCUCAAUGUGGUGUGAGGGGGACUAUUAACAAGAGGGGAAUCUGUAAACAAACAUCAUGCAGAACCAGCCUUAGCACUCAAAACCCUGGAGCCAGACCUGAACCCUUGAUUUCUGAUUCAUGUGAGAUUGUUACCAAUCAAACCAGCUGCAGCUAAGGGGCAUCACACAACGAAUUACUCCAAGAGACCAGCUCUGGUUUCUGAUUGACAACACAUGUCCUUGAUGAGUUUAGCAUCCCAGAAGAUGUAAUCGAAGUCUGAGUAUCGUUGAUCUUCCAAAUGAAAUUGCCACAUCAUCAGUCUUCCAAAUACAAUUGCCAAAAGCCCAGAGUUUUAACACAUGGGAUCUUGGGCAGUUUCUCAGCCACCAUCAAAAGCAAACACGACUGGGCCAGCACUUUAGGUUCGAUCCCUUCUCCGUCCUGUCACUAACAAGCUUUGCCAAGCAAGUGCUAGAACACUUCCCUUCAGCAAGGAAGAAAUGUUGGAUGUGGGAAGGAAGGAAUUAAAUUGAGAAUAAUGGAAAGGACAUUGGAAAGAAAAUGUGUGAUGAAUUCACUAUGAUAAAAACCCCCAUUGUCCCGAUUAAUUAAUUAAUCAACUUAACGAUUAAAAUAGCCUCUGAACUAAUUUACCAGAGGCUGAAUUUGGAAGCUGCCAAGGAUAUGCAACAAUAUCAUCCAACAUAAAGGACAAUUCACAAACUUAUAACCAUUCUCAGAGAGAGAUUUGAAUGUAUAAAAAGAUUAAAACUGUGGUAUUGUCUGAAGAGCUUAUGCCUUGGCUUGUUGAUAUUCUGCUUAUCCUUUGAAUAAAGGCAAGAAGGGAAACACAGACAAGUCUGCUUAUCAUUUUACUGAAUGAAUUUACUUCAUGUUGAAUAUUUUAGAGGAGAACAGCACCUGAGCAGUUGGAUCUGCUUCACAGGAACUCUGAGUGUUCCUAAGUUCUUGCAUUUCCUUCUACUACUAGGAAUUGUCCUAUGAGGAAAGAUCAAGUACACUGACUGGACUUCAAAAGAAUAAUAGGUGAUCUCAUCGAAGCAUGCAACAUUCUGAGAGAGGUUGACGAGGUGGAUGGUGAUAGGCGUUUUCCCCCAAGCAGAGAGUCUAGAGCCAGGGGGCAUGGUCCCAGGAUAAGGGUCAGAAAGUUUGGAUUGAGAGGAGGCGCAAUUUCCUUAGGAUUGUGUCUUUGAAAUCCUCCACUCCAAGAGAAUGUGGCUGCUUUAGUUGUGGAGUAAAUUCAAAAUCGAGCAAUAGAACUUAAGCAAUUGAUCAUAGAUUGAGCAAAAGACCUGAAGAGAAGAAAGCAGAUUGGGCAUCAGGCAUGAGUGUGGGCUUGAAGCAGAACAUUGUCCUGAUCACUGAACAAUGAAGCAGGCUUGAGGCGCUCUAGUGGCUAAUGUUGUUGCUUCUUCCUUCAUUCUUGUGUUACCUUGUGUGCAGAAGAGCCUCCUGCCUUAUGGAUGAACUGAAAUCGGAAACCCUUCUGGAUUCAGCUUAACUGGUAAAGUUGGUCUCUGUUGCAGAUCAAAUAGUAUUUCGGGUAACAGUUACUUGCAUUGAGCAAUUCUGCUUGUUGAAGUGAAACCUGAUUCCUUUGAAUAACUGGAGAUAAAAGAGACUGGAGCAAUGUACAAAAAGCUGGAGGAACUCAGCGGGUCAGGCAGCAUCAAUGGAGGGAAAUGGACAGUUGAUGUUUCAGGUCCUGAUGCAGGGUCUCGACCCGAAACGUUGACCAUUUCCCUCCAUUGAUGCUGCCUGACCCGCUGAGAUCCUCCAGCUUUUUGUGCGUUGCUCCUUUGAGUAACUGUUUGGUACUGUUAGCCACAGGCUGAUGUUGUCUCAGGCUGUUUGCCAAUUCUUGUAGACUUAGCAGAGUACCCCUGAUCUCAGUUUCUCACACUGGUCUAGUUGGAUACUUAACAAAUGCAUUGGAGAAGGAGAGGAAUUACUAUUUUAAAAUUAUAUAGAAUGUCUUUCCAGAAGAACCCUCUCAGCUUGAGGUUUUAAUGACAGCAGGACUGAACUAUGCUGCUAACCUGUGAGAAACUGGCCACAAUUCCUUAACAAGAAGUCAAGAGAUUUCCAUCAGUGAUCCCCUCCACGAAGUGUGGUGAUACAGUCUUCACAACUGGUAAUUUGAUGUGAAUUUCGGCUGCUUAUAUGUUCUUUCUGUAAAAAUAUUAAAAUGUUACUCCUUGAAUGAUGUAUAGCUGAGUUUUUAUGUGUCCUGAGUUAUAACUAACGCUGAACAACCUCUCUAGCUCUGUAAAACUAUUGGUAUUUGUGUUCAAUUGCCUUGAAUAAUUAAAUGAAAAUUAUCUAUUUUUUAA